AUGGAUCUGGACAAUGUUCUCCUUGUUACCGAUUCCUACAAGGUCACCCACCACUUACAGUACCCGCCCAACACAUCAACGGUGUGCUCAUACUUUGAAAGUCGUGGGGGCAAGUUUCCAGAAACUGUAUUUUUUGGGCUGCAGUAUAUCCUGAAACGAUGGCUUGUAGGGCCUGUUGUUACAAAAGAGAAGAUUCAAGAAGCCAAGGAAAUUUUCAAGCUACAUUUUGGUCAAGAUCUCUUCAAUGAAAAAGGGUGGAAUUACAUUUUGGAGCACCAUGGUGGCUACCUACCAUUAAGGAUAAAGGCCGUCCCUGAAGGCACAGUGGUUCCUACCAGAAAUGUCCUGUUCACCGUAGAAAACACAGACCCAAAAUGCUACUGGCUGACAAAUUACUUUGAGACCUUGCUCGUCCAGUCCUGGUACCCGAUGACUGUUGCAACUAAUUCUCGUUACCAAAAAUUAAUUAUUGCGAAAUAUUUAAAUGAAACAGCUGACAGUUUGGCUGGACUUCCAUUCAAGCUACAUGACUUUGGUUUUCGAGGUUGUACAAGUGUUGAGCAAGCUGGUAUUGGUGGAGCUGCACAUCUUGUCAAUUUUAUGGGCACAGACACGAUUGCUGCUCUUUGUGUUGCCCGUAAAUACUACGGAUGUGAGAUUGCUGGAUUCUCCAUCCCAGCAGCUGAACACAGUACCAUUACAACUUGGGGAGAAGAUGGAGAAAAAGAUGGAUUCAAGAACAUGCUAAAUAAGUUCCCCAGCGGCGGGGUUUCUUGUGUGAGCGACAGCUACAAUAUCUGGAAUGCUUGUGAGAAGCUGUGGGGCCAGGAACUGAAGGAUGAAGUCAUGUCAAGAGCAGACAAUGGAGCACUUGUUAUUCGACCAGACUCUGGUAACCCCAAGGAAGUGGUUGUCAAGGUGCUGGAUAUACUGGGUGACAAAUUUGGGACAACCUUCAACUCUAAAGGUUACAAAAUGCUGCCGCCUUAUUUACGUAUCAUGCAAGGGGAUGGAAUUUCUUUGGAGACCCUAGAAGCCAUCUUGGAAAUCUUAAAACAGAAUAAAUGGAGUACAGAUCUGGUUACAUUUGGCAGUGGUGGGGCCUUGCUGCAGAAAUUAGACAGGGAUACCCAGAAGUGUGCCUUCAAGUGCAGCUACGCAGUCGUCAAUGGAAAGGAGGUGAAUGUAUUCAAAGACCCAAUAACAGACAGAGGUAAGAGAAGUAAGAAAGGCCAGUUAACGCUUGAAAGGCAGAAUAAUGGUUUCAUCACCAAAGAGGAAGGAACCGGAGACCCGGCCAAGGAUGUUCUUCAGGUUGUGUUCGAGAAUGGAAAGUUGGUGAAAGAGUUCUCAUUUAGUGAAGUACGGAAAAACGCAGAGAUUGAUCUACUGAAAAAUUAA